UUUCAAGCUGAAUUAGUUUAGGUUGCAAGCUUUCAAUUGCCCUUAUUAGCAUUCCCCUUUUGUGGAUUUAUUUGUUUAGACGUGUUUUUUUUACCUUUAUUAGUAUUUAAAGCAAAAAAUUUAAAAAAAACUCAAUUUUUUUUAAAAUGCCUGGAAAUAAAUCUUAUGAAACACCCAAGGAUUUUGUUCAUCCUGGAUUACCAUCAAAAUGCACUUGGCAUUUGGGAACAACAGAAAAAUCUCCUCAUACACAUAGAGGAAUUAACCACCGUACGAAGAUCACACCUGAUAUCCUCAGUGUCAUAGGAUGUACGCCUUUGAUAAAAUUAAAUCGCAUUCCUCAAGCAGAAGGCAUCAAGUGUGAAAUGUAUGCCAAAUGCGAAUUCUUCAACCCCGGUGGUUCAGUUAAGGAUCGUAUCGGCUAUCGAAUGGUUCAGGAAGCCGAAGAAAAGGGCCUCCUUAAACCCGGCUACACUGUGAUCGAACCAACUUCCGGAAACACUGGCAUCGGUUUGGCAAUGGCCUGCGCUGUUAAAGGUUACCAUUGCAUAAUUGUGAUGCCUGAAAAAAUGUCCAACGAGAAAGUCUAUGCUUUGCGUGUUCUGGGAGCUAAAAUUAUUCGUACACCUACCGAAGCACCAUUCGACUCACCUGAAGGUCUAAUCUGCGUCUCUCAACGUUUACAAAAGGAAAUCAAAAACUCAAUUGUAUUGGAUCAAUAUCGAAACCCUGGAAAUCCCUUAGCACAUUACGAUGGAACUGGUGCUGAAAUUCUAUCACAACUUGAUAACAAAGUCGAUAUGGUUGUUUGCACUUCGGGAACUGGUGGAACUAUUGCUGGAAUUGGACGCAAAAUUAAAGAAAACGUACCUUCGUGUCAAAUGGUAGGUGUGGAUCCUUAUGGAUCUAUUUUAGCUAGACCUGAAACUUUGAACGAGACCGAUGUGCAAUCGUAUGAAGUUGAGGGAAUUGGAUAUGACUUUAUUCCAACUGUUCUCGACCAUUCAGUGGUGGACCAUUGGAUUAAAUCGGUUGACAAAGAAAGUUUCCAAAUGGCACGUAGACUAAACAAGGAAGAGGGUAUACUUUGUGGUGGAAGUAGUGGCGCAGUUUUAGCUGGGGCACUCAAAGUUGCACGAACUCUCAAGGAGGGUCAGCGUUGUGUUGUUAUACUUCCUGAUAGUAUUCGCAAUUACAUGACAAAAUUCGUUUCCGACAACUGGAUGGAAGCAAAGGGCUUCAAGGAAGUUGUAAACGAACACCAGCACUGGUGGUGGGAUCGUACACUAUCCGUAUUGGAUCUUGUUAGUCCUGCGACCAUUGAUUCAUCGGCUACCAUUCAAGAAGCUAUUGCAGUAUUGAAAAAAAAUAACAUUCAACAAGUUCCGGUUGUGCAUAAGGACAAUGGGUCAAUUUUGGGUGUUGUUAAUCAAGAAACCCUAAUUAGCCAAAUUGUCAGCAUGAAUCGACAAAAUAGUGAUCCAGCUUUGAAGGCGUUGAAUAAGAAACCAAUUAUUGUGACGUCAAAUGCAAUUUUGGGCAAAGUUGCACGAGUACUAGAAGUUGAAACAUCAGUUCUUGUAGUGGAUAAAAUUGAUGGCAAAGAUGUGUUGAAGGGUAUUGUCACGAAAUUGGAUGUGCUAGCUUAUAUUUCACAAGAACCAACGAAGACAACCAAUGGAACUAAUGGAUCAAUGGAUGUUAAUUAAAACAACUCAAAAGACUUAUUUGGAAUGCAUUUUUAAAUUAAACAAAUUAAAAAGAAAAUUUAUAUAUUUGUACGGUACAUUUAUAUAUUUAAUAAAACACACACUUUUACGUAGAAUACAACGUAUUCAAAAGAACAU